AUGGCCUCCGGGUACCACUCCGGCCACUUCUCCCGGCCCCUAUCGGACGAUGACUAUCGCAACCUGGAGAAAAUGGCCGAAUAUGUCGCACGAAACGGGCCAGAGUUCCUGGAAUUGACGAAGGAACGACUGCGGGAUAACCCAUCCUACGCUUUCCUAUGGCCAAAUAGCCAGUAUCACGCACUGUUCCUUCAGAAACUGCAGCAACACCGACAUCAACAUGUUGCUCCGCGACCACUACAACAACCGCCGCCGCCGCCACCGCCGAUGUCGGCCCCACCGCCGCUGAAUGCCGGGGACUUAAAUGGCCAGAACGCGAUUCUAGCGCAGAUCGUAGCGGCCCUUACCAGUCCCGGCAUCCCUUCAGAGGUGGUCAUAGCCGGAAACGCACUCGCACUUUCCGUCGGCGGUACCGACCGCCUAUCCGAGUUUGCCAAAACUCUUCAAGCGGUGAUGCACGAUUGCUCGCAGACGAACAUCCACGCAAACACAUCCUGGGUGUCAAAGAACUGCAGCACGGCCGAGCAGUACGAUCUCUUUGUGCGGUUCCUGGUCGCCACGGCCGCCGCAAACCCUGGAUGGAAGAGUCAAUUGGCUGUGCUCUACCUGGUCAACGACAUAGUAUUCAACAACGAGAGUCGGAACCGCGCGUGGGCGACGCAGGCGAUGUUGGUGCAUCUGGGGCCGUUGCUCGGAUUGGUUCGCGCGGCUGCGGGUGGGGAUGUGAAGCAUUUGGAGAAGAUUGAGAAGGUGCUGGGGUUGUGGGAGAGUAAGGGGGUGAUGCAUCCGAAUGUUGUGCAGCAGUUGAGGCUGUCUGCGCAAGGGAUAGCGGUGCCUCAGAUGCAGACCAUGCCGGUGGGCCCGGCCGGAUGGCCACCGCUGAAUGCGGCGAACCCGUAUCCGCCAUCGAAUAUCCCACCACAGUUGGACGAUACUCAAAUCGGAGCCUCUGGACCGAUAUUCCCUACAUCCGUGGCUUUGCCGCAAAGCUACUCGCAUCCUCCUCCGCCGCCACCAGCUGCCCCACCAGCAUCAUGGUCUACGAUCAGCCACCCUCCUCCUCAAACGAACUCCGGAUGGAGUACCUUGCCACCCGCUCCUCAAUCCGCGAUGACUAUUCCUUCACCCAAGAAGCCCAUCCCACAUACCGCCGCGCCGUUCACCAACCACACAAAAGUCGGACCGCCCCCGCCACCGCCAGCACAGCAUCAACCCCCGCCAUCACCACUCCCCAUCCCCAAAAAGCACUACGAGCUCCCCGCCGCCCUCAUGCUCACAACCUACCCCCACCCUCCGCCCUCCGCCUACACCCCCAUCCCCAUCUCCAAAAUCCACCCCCGCCGCUUCGACGCAACCAUCUCCCCCGCACUCUCCGCCGCCAUCGACGAUUUCUACAAAGGCCUGGACGUCAUCCACACCAUGGUCCAGAAGGAGAUGGAGAAAGGCGGCGAGUUUGAAGAGAAGGAUAAUGAGGAGAAGGAGGCCGUUGUGGUGGAUGGGAGUCUGAGGAUUGGGAAGGAUGGGUGGGAGGUUGGGUAUCUGGCGGAUUGGUAUGCGAAAGUGGAUGUUUUGACGAAGGCGAGGGAAGUAAGGGAGAAGAAGGAAGGUGGCGGGGUGGGGUAUGGAGGGUCGGAUAAGAGGAAGCGGAGCUCCCACACCCGCAGCCCCUCCCCCACCCACAAACAAACACCGUCCAAACCCGCCAACGUCGGCUACAACCUCCUCAAAAAGCUCGGCUGGUCAGAAGGCACAGGCCUCGGCUCCCAAUCCCAAGGCAUCGCGACGCCCAUCCUCGCCCACGAAGCCUCCGGGGACCGACAUGCCGGUCUAGGCGCCUCCGGCGCUGGGGGGGAUGAGGCGGGCAUGUUUGAGCAUUGGAGGAAGGCGAAGAGCUAUAAUUAUGGAAGGGAGAGGAGUGGUGCGGCCGAAGAGGGAAGAGGGGUGAAGAGGAAGGAGGGGAGUGGGUGUUUUAAGUGUGGCCGGGCGGGGCAUAUUGCGAGGGAGUGUGAUGGAGGGGGGAGGAGGGGGUGA